GUCACGUGUUUCCGAACGUCACAAUUUCCGACGCACGUUGCUAAAUUAGCAAAAAGCUAACUCAGAAUCCUCCAACGUCUCCAAAUGGCGAAUGGAUGCGAAGAAGUGUUAUUUGCCCGUGGAACUGGACAGAGUGAUGAUUCAGACAUCUGGGAUGACACCGCACUUAUAAAGGCAUACGAUAAAGCAGUAGCAUCUUUCAAGACUGCUCUAAAAGGCGAAGAUGAAUCACAUGCGUCAAAGAAAAACCAACCAGGAAAGAAACGAAAGAACAAUAAAAAGAACCAGAGCAGAAAACGUACCAAUGCACCACCUGAUAAAGAGUGGCAGGUUGGGGACUCUUGUAGUGCUUACUGGUCAGAAGAUGGCCAGCUCUAUGCAGCCACCAUCUCCUCCAUAGACCAACAGAGGGGCAGUUGUGUAGUUGUUUAUACUGGUUAUGGUAAUAAGGAGGAGCAGAACCUUGAUGACCUGCUGUUGGAGAUUUCAGAGGCGGAUGAAGCAGCAAAUCCUAAGGAAAAAGUGGAAGAAUCUUCUACAGAAGAGAGCGACAGGUCGUCCACACCAAACCAACACAAACAGCUUCCACACGGUAAAACUCAGAAGUCCAAAACUCACAAACACCCGCCUUCUAUGUGGCCUCCCAGUUUCCCCGGGUUUCCCCCUGGACCUCCUCCAAUGCACGAUUUUGGACAUAGGGAAAACAGACGAUCUGCUGGUCAAGGACCUGUACCUCCAUCCUGGCCUCCUAUGAUGCCUUUUGGUCCUCCUAUGAUCCCUCCACCUCCACCAAUGAGUCCCGACAUGGUGGAUGAUGAAGCUUUGGGUAGUGUGCUCAUAUCCUGGUACAUGAGCGGAUAUCACACAGGAUACUACCUGGGUUUGAAACAAGGACGGAAAGAAGCAAACAAGUGGACAAAGCUGCACCACAAAUGAACCAUCUCCAGUGUAGUUUGACUGACCGCGGGCCUCCGAUGGACCGUGAAACAAAAGUCUGAGUUAUAUUGUGUCCUUCUCAAGAAGUCUUUCAAGAUAAUGUUUUGUAUUCUUUGUAAAUAGAUAAAAUAAAGAUUGUGAAAGUAUA